GCUCGACUGAGAGUGAUCCGUGUGUCCACAGGACGACAAUCACCUAGGGAAGAUCGUGAGGGUUGUUAUAUUUCCGAAAGGAUGGUAAAAGACAGAGAUUGUUGUACUUUUCUCAUUGCCAUGGCCAGUGUUGUGAAGUCUAGAUCGACCUCGAAUAUUAGAUCUCCGCGCGCUGACUACAAUCCUAUUAUCCCCGUUGCACCUCUUCCCAUCUAUAAUGUCCAACCAACCACCGGCCGACUACAACUGGUCAGAGCAGGACUCCUACCCUCCAGGAUACGGCCCUGCAGAUUACCAGCACGGCACUGCACCAGGCGAAUACCAGGGCCAGCUCGAAUACCAGCCCGAGUUCCCGCCAGAGCAGGACCAGCAAGGCUCCGGCGAUCUCCCCACAUAUGACGAUCUCACUGCUCAGUCGGGGCCCAACUCCAGGUUCGGUCGCUGGCGCGGCUGGAUAGAAAAGAGAGCCGCAGAGCGCUAUGCGGAUACUACGCCCGACCAGCUUGCCCGCCGGCGCGCACGGGGCUGGAAUCUCGACGAGUCUAACGCGCCGCCAAUACCGCCCGCGUCCGCGCCCAUCCCCCAAUCGGACCCUGCAACGGCGACAGCUGCCCAAAUCCAGACCCAGUCGUCCUCCUCCUCUAAACUCUCCAGGUUCCUUCCAAAGCUCCGCGUAAACGCAGACCUCCCCGCACUCCCCGCCGGCGCAGACGCAGCCACAGACGCCACAGACUCAGCCACUGCAUCCAUCGCCGCCUCCACCACCAUCGGCCACGCCUCCGAGCCCGAUCUACGCAACCCGGCCGUCGACGAAGGCCCCGCGCCGCCCCCCGGCCAGCCGCUCGCGCCCGCGCACAUAUCCUUCCACCAGUUCGGCUCCCGCUUCCUGCCACACUGCACCGCCCCGAUCCGCUGCGCGCUCCCGCUGCAGUUCGGCCGCUGGAUGCUCAUCGGGCACGACGCGGGUUUGUCCGUGAUGGACAUGUUUCCGCAGGAGUGGGUCGAGACGGGCGGGGUCGCGCAAAAGGGGCCGGCGGAUGCGCGUGUGUUUGCCGUGUGGACGGGUGAAGCUGUGUACCAGAUGUCGCUGCUCGAGCAGGAGCGCGCGGGCGCGGAGAGCACGCCGCAGGGCGUUGUGCUCGCGCUCGUGGGGCCCGAUGCGUCGGUCGGGGGCCAUGCGGAGCCGACGAUGCGCACGCUACGGAUGUACAAUCUCUCGAGCCUGAUCAGCCUCGUCAAGUGGACGAUCGCACAGCAGGGACUUCGCCCGCUCGACCUGAGCAGAUGCACCGAGUGGACAGGCCAGCACAGCGCGCACGGACACGGCAGGAAACACCGGCCGGCGAGCAGCAUUACCAAGGGCCUGCGCAACCUCAUGAGCGAGUCGCCCACUGCAUCGCGCGGCGGUGCCGCUGCAGCGCACACGCAGUCGUCGUCCUUUGCCCGCCCCAGCUCGUCGUCGUCGUCUCUCUUGUCGCUAGGUCCUACAAACUACGACCAGCACACACCGCGGCAGAAGUCGAAGUCGCUCACGCCCGAUUCGCCGUGGGACGUCGUCGACGAGCUGCCAAUGCGGUGGGCGACGGAUUUUGUGCCUCUCGCGGGCGGCGGCGGACACGCCGCGACGGGGUCGUCGUCCUCGGGGUCGUCGUCGGGCUCAGGAUCGGGGUCGGGCCCGACGUCGAGGUUGGCGUCGAGCUCGGUGAUCUGUUAUGCGCUGAGCAAGGACGCGGCGAGGCCGAGCGAGCGGGCGUUGCUCGCUGUUGCGACCAAGUCGAAUAUCUUUUUGUACGAGACGCCCAAGAACGAGCGCGCGUUUCAUUUCGUCAAGGAGUUCUACACGCCCACGAGCGCGCGUGCGCUCGCGUUCGUCGAGCAGUCUGUGCAGGAUAUAUUCCGCAGCGCGUCUGACAGCCGUGUGCGCGCGCCUGGGCAGGCAUCGGCGUCGCACGUGCGCGGAGCGUCUAACGUGGAUCUCCUAGCUGGCGGCGGCGGGCCGUCGUACAGCCUGACGAGCGCGGCCGCGCGCUCGUCGACGGUCGUCGCACCCGCGGGCGUCGUGUACGGCGCGCAACCGGCCAUCUUCGUCGUGUUCGACAAGCGCGCGGGCAUCAUCCGUCUCGCGGACGCGGCGGUCACCGAGGUUGAUAUAUCGGACGCCGCCGCGGCGCAUCUUACCGCUGCGGGGUCGCGGGACACGCUGAGCGUCAGCAACAGCAACGGCGGUGGCCUCUACGGCUAUGGCAGCGGCAAUAGCGGGGGAGGCACAGGAACAUCGGGACGGCGCUCGCGCGUGAGCAUGGACUUUGCGUACGUUAAAGAAGGCAAGCAGUGGGCCGUGCCCGUGCAGAUCGACGUGCCCGUCGCGAACGUGCUCCAGCAGCAGCAGCAACAGCAGUCCGCGCUCGGCGUCGCCGUGCCGACGUCCACGCGGAGCGUGUACCUCCUCACGCGCGGACGGCAGACGUACGUCUUCCCUGCGCCGCUGCCCGCGUCGAUCCCGAGCGCGCCGCCGCUGCACGUCGUGGCGUGGCGCCGUGUCCCCGCGAGCGUCUCCGCGCGCGUGCUGCCCGUGCCCCCUCCUGCCUCAUCGGCGCUGCCGCCUGUGGACCCGGCGUAUGCGAAUGGCGUCGGCAGGGAGAAGGCCGCAGCGCAGGCGGCGGCGCUCGCGCAGGACUCGUACGUGCAGCUGAUAGCGAUGAGCGAGGACGGGAUCGAGGUGCAGGAGUUCCCCGCUGCGCUCCUAAGCCCGGGCGGCGGCGCUCGGGGCGGAAAGGGAAAGGGCAAAGCCCGCGAUCUGCAUUUUGGCUCUGGCUCUGGCCUUGGUGGCCUUGGUGGCCUCGGCGGCCUCGGCGGGAGCGAGCCAGGCGUCGUGCGCGCGCAGAUGGAGUUCGGCGAGAUGGGCCUGCUCCGCGCGGGCGGGUUCUGGCACCGCCCGCUCGCGAUGCACGUUGCGCUCGGCGGGACGGUCGAGGACUAUGCGUGUGCGCGUGGGCUGGGGCGCAGCAAGUCGAGCGCGAGCGACGCGACUGCCGCGUCGCUCGACAGCCUCGGGAGCCUCGACACCGAGGAGCUCGGCGCGCGGCUCGCGGCGGACCAGGGCAUCUAUGGCUGGUGGCGCAAGGACGCGGGCGACUGGCGUGUGUUUUGGAUCGGUGGGGACGGGCGAGAGGGGGGUGACGAUGAUGAUGCAUAUGGUGGGGUGGAUAAUGGACCAUAGAUAGAGGGGUGAGAGAUGGAAGAAGUUGUGUUGUACAUGUACUGUAACUAUGUAUCAUACAUCAGUUUUGCUUUUCACGGACUAUUUACGAGCUGGUAGUAGAGGUACCUGCUGUAGUGCUUGUCGAUUUUCCUCUCAAUGUUAUGAUGCGAUUAGC